AUGGAAAACUUCAUCAUUGGAUAUCCCGGCCAUGAAUCAAGUAUACGUGCCGCGAUGCUGGACGUCAUGGGCCAGGAGAAGUACGACUACUUCUUCGAUCGAUGGUUGUACUACUUUUUCACAGAAGCCGAUGCAAAGUUCUUCAAAUCGCUCGGUCUGAAUUGCAUUCGUAUUCCUUUUAACUACCGACACUUCGAGGAUGAUAUGAACCCUCGGGUCCUCAAGGAGAGCGGCUUCAAGCACCUAGAUCGGGUAAUUGACCUCUGUGCCAAAGAGGGCAUUUAUACCAUCCUCGAUAUGCACACUGUUCCCGGCGGUCAAAGCCCUGGCUGGCAUUCAGACAACACGACAAGUUACGCGGCGUUCUGGGAUUACAAGGACCACCAGGACCGAACCGUGUGGCUUUGGGAGCAGCUCGCCCGCCGUUACAAAGCGAAUCCCUGGAUUGCUGGAUACAACCCCAUGAAUGAACCCUGCGACCCCAAACAUGUGCGCUUGCCCGCCUUUUACGCGCGACUGGAGAAGGCAAUCAGAGCUGUAGAUCCAGACCAUAUCCUGUGGCUCGAUGGGAACACCUUUGCGGCUGAAUGGAAGGGCUUUGACACCGUGCUCCCAAAUUGUGUCUAUGCCCUACAUGAUUACAGCAUGAUGGGCUUUCCCACCGGACGUCCAUAUGAAGGCACAUCUGAGCAGAAGGCGAGACUAGAGGCGCAAUUCAUGCGUAAGUCGGAGUUUCAGAGGAAGCACCAGACUGCAAUUUGGAAUGGCGAGUUUGGUCCCGUGUAUGCAAAUCCCAAGUGGGACGAAAACGCUGAAGAAAUCAACCAAAAGCGAUACAACAUGCUAGGCGAGCAGCUGCGCAUUUACGACAAAUUCCAAAUCCCGUGGUCAAUCUGGCUCUUCAAAGACGUUGGCCUCCAGGGCAUGGUGUACACGUCGCCCGAUUCGGCCUGGAACAAACUGGUCGAGCCUAUGCUGGAAAAGAAGAAGCGGCUGCAGCUGGAUGCAUGGGGAAAAUAUCCGUCCAAAGAAGUCGACGACGUGAUGCUGCCCCUCAUCAGCUGGAUCGACUCGGUCUCGCCCACAGCGAAGAACGUCUACCCGUCCACGUGGAACACUGCGAGGCACAUUGAACGCGCCGUCCUGCAGACCUUCCUGGCGGAGACAUUCUGCCAGGAAUUUGCCGAGCUCUUUCGCGACAAGGAUGAAGGCGCCCUGGAGGAGCUAGCGAGGAGCUUCAGCUUCGAUAACUGCGUGCAGCGGGAGGGGUUGAACAAGAUCAUGUCCGACUACGCCGCCGUUGCGUCGAAGCCCACUUGA